AAGCUCUGCUGUGUCUUGUCUGUUGAUAUACAGCUGAUUGUCUGUGAAGAAUUGGAGCUUUGAAAGUCACCCUUAAAAUAGCCUUUAAAGAUGCUUUUGAUGAUCAGUUUCAUAGUUUUUGGAGCAUGCGUCGUGUCCAGUAGUCCCGUGGAAAGAAGAUACUCCACUCAGGAACCAAGAGAUCUUGACUUCCAAGAUCAUUUAGAGUUCCAAGAUGACUCUCUUGCUUUAAAAGAACGGGGAUCUCAGGGUUGUAAAUACGAUGGUGAGACGUACGAAAAAGGUACACUCCUUAAUAUAACUUCAAAAGGGAUAUGUCACCUUCACCAAUGUAAGAGAAGAAAGUUCCGCAAAGUGAACGAAAAAAUACUUCAGUACUGUGAUGAACCAUGCGAGCUGGGAUGGCUUCCUGGAUGUUGUUUGUGCAAGAGGAAAAGUUGCGAAAACAACAGGAAACCUGGGGACACAUGGAUGCAGGUUAAAAAGUUGACAGGGCCAAAUGAAGGCAUUUGCUCUCGCUGUCGAUGUGGACCAGAUAACAAAGAGUAUUGUUGGGACAAUGAAUUUUCCUGCUCAAUACCAGGAUGUCAAGAGACAGAAAAGGAGCCGAUGCCAGAUUCUUGCUGUCCAAAGUGCAAAAUAUGGAAAAAGCCAAAAACGACAACCCAGCCUUGGAUUACAAUUCCAAUAACGUUAACAACGGAAGGAACUACAGAGCCGUACCCGUUUACAUUCCCUCCUGGCUUUGACUCCAGUGAAGACGAAAACCGUUAAAAGAUGACAUUUUUCUUGGACAUGUAUUACCGCUAAGAGCCAAGAGUAGUUUAACCAAUAUUUGCUUGCUUGUAAUGAAAUGUGCAUGACAUACACGAGUUGUAGUGGGCACAUUUCGAUAGAUAGAAUUAAGUGCUUGCAAUAAAAGUCACAACGAAAAGUGCUUUGCCUUUUUUUA